GCCAGGAGGUGACAACACUAAGCCUGGCUUGCCCGCUCCUCUUCCCGUUGUCCCCAAGCAGGUUUAGCUGCUGACAGCUGCUUGGGACUCUGCCGCCAGGCCCUGGCCCUGGGAACUCGCCGCCUCUCCCCUUUCUCAGUGCCUGCGGAGCCACCACCCCUCCAUGGCUCAGAAAGAAGAGGCCGCUGGGGCCGCAGGGGCCGCUGCGGCCGCUGAGCCUGCCGCACCAGCUUCCCAGAAUGGUGAGGAUGUGGAAAACCUGGAUGACCCUGAGAAGUUGAAGGAGCUGAUUGAACUGCCUCCCUUUGAGAUUGUCGCAGGGGAGAGGCUUCCCGUCAACUACUUUAAGUUCCAGUUCCGGAAUGUGGAGUACAGCUCCGGGCGGAACAAGACCUUCCUGUGCUACGUGGUUGAAACGCAGGCCAAGGGAGGCCAGGUGCAGGCCACCCGGGGGUACCUGGAGGACGAGCACGCCACCAACCACGCCGAGGAGGCCUUCUUCAACACCAUCCUGCCCUCCUUCGACCCGGCCCUGCGCUACAACGUCACCUGGUACGUGUCAUCCAGCCCCUGCGCGGCCUGCGCCGACCGCAUCCUGCGGACCCUCGGCAAGACCAAGAACCUGCGCCUCCUCAUCCUGGUGGGGCGCCUCUUCAUGUGGGAGGAGCCCGAAGUGCAGGCCGCGCUGAGGAAGCUGAAGGAGGCCGGCUGCCGGCUGCGCAUCAUGAAGCCCCAGGACUUCGAGUACGUCUGGCAGAAUUUUGUGGAGCAGGAAGAGGGCCAAUCCAAGGCCUUUGAGCCCUGGGAGGACAUUCAGGAGAACUUCCUGUACUACGAGGAGAAGUUGGCGGACAUCCUGAAGUAGGCCUCUGGGCCCAGCCUCACGUCUGCCUGCUGCCACCAGGAGACAGCAGUGACAUGUAUGGCCAUCUGGGACAUGCCUGACUUCCUAAUACUACUUGAGCUGGACAACACUGGACACCAACCAAUCCUAAUGCACAGGUCCUCCAAGGACUCUAAAUAUACUGUUCAUGCUGUAAAUCAUUUAAGCCAUGGCUCUCCCUAAGGCUGUUCUUGGGAAAGAGGAAAGUUGAGUUGCAAAGAAAGAAACAGCAACCAUAUACGGGCACCAGGCAUCUGAGGGGCAGAAGGGCCUAAUUAUUUCCCCAAAUGGGCUGCUUGAGGCAAAGAACCUCAGACCCAAGGUCUGUGCAGAUCUUUGAAAUAGGUCCAGAAAUGCAUUUUAUGUGAAGUUGGAUUUUUUUUUAAGAAAGAAAAAUAGCAACAUUAAUAAAAGUGGUAUGGUUUCUCUGUGAA